AGACAUCAAAACAAUAAGGGAAGAUAUAUUCUCCAUGGCAGUAGAGGGCAGUGAAUUUCCUCAUACCGAAUCUAUUCUCUACAGACCUCCCGACACAUCCCGUGAAGGGAAAACAAAGUUUCGCUUUCUAUAGUGGAUUUUAAGAGGAUACACAAUUUAUUUGCUAGCGACUCAUUGGACGUCUUCCAUUUUAGUUUUUAAUUACAGUUAAAAGGUUUUAGUGAUUCUGUGGAGGUUUUUGUGUUAUUUUGAUUGCAGGUUUAUGCGAAUGUAAAAAUCUGUUUACCCGAAUUUUGUGCAGAACCCGACGUUUUUAUUGCGCAAUAAUACGCGUUCGCAAAUGCUGUUUACCCGAACUAAUCGUGCAUGCUGCAGUGUUAUUUGUUGGCUACCCUGUCCCCUUGACUUUACGGAUACAUAACACCUGCUCAAAGGUAAACUGUCAUGAUUGUUUUUACCUUAUGUGGCAUAGUAAUCGUCGAGGUGUCAAUACCCUUUUAAAUGGUUCAUUGGUUCCGGACUUCACCUAGAAACAACUCUCAGUUGAUCAACUUUUCAGUCUAUAAAUAGUGAAUGCUUCUGUAAGGUAUCGUGUAAGUAGGCUGUUAUUCUAGUUGUGUGGACUGUUUUUAGCUAACAGUCAUUCUUAACUGAACUCUCUGCAGUUCCUUAUUGUUCCUUAUUAGCCUACAAGAUGUCUAUGGUACUGGAUGUGUUUGUGGGAAACACAACCAUCAUGGAUAUGGACAUAUAUCAGCUUUGGUUGGACGGCCUCACAGUGAGGGAAGCGGUGAAGGCGAGAAUGGAUCAGGGGGCAUUACUGGAGUGUGAGGCCAAUGCUGAGGUUCUGAUGAGCGACACCAUGGACCAGUUCAGAACCUUCCAGCUGUGUGAGCGUCUCUUACACUCUCCCACCAAGCUGGCCAAUCAGCUGCUCUUCCAGAUCCCAAGCCAGCACCAGAGAAUGCUCAUUGAAAAGUACUAUGAGUUUGACAGUGUGUUUGCCCGAGAGGUGCUGGGGAAGAAGCUCUCCAAAGGGACCAAAAAGGACCUGGAUGACAUCAGCUCUAAAACCGGGAUAACGCUGAAGAGCUGCAGGAGACAGUUUGACAAUUUCAAGCGGGUGUUCAAAGUGGUGGAGGACCUCAAGGGCCCCCUAGUGGAGAACAUACAGCAUCACUUCUUGCUCACUGACACACAGGCAAGGGACUAUGCUGCCAUUGUGUUCUUCGCAAACAGUCGUUUUGAGACGGGAAAGCGAAAGCUACAGUACCUCUCUUUCCAGGAUUUUGCCUACUGUGCAAGCCAGCUUAUCCAGUACUGGACAACAGGAGCAGUGGAUAGCAUGGUGGAGGAUAUGGAUGUUGACCUGGAGAAAGAGUUUCUACAUGAACUGAAAGAUCUCAAGGUUCUGGUUAAUGACAAAAACAUGCUGGACCAACAUAAAGUCCUGGUGUGUGCUGCUCUGCGAGGAAAGAUCAAGGUCUACAGGUUGAUGGAGGCUAACUUUAAAGUCAUAGAGCCCUGUCGUUGUGAUAGAUGGACCCUAGGGGAGGUCACACUCUUCCUCACUCAGUACACCAACGCCGCCCAUGGUCUCGGCACAUUCAGCCGCCAGGUGGUCUGGGACAGGUACAUGGGCGUCAUCAGAAGCUGCAUCCUCCGAAUGUACCAUGAAUAACCAGAUCCCUGCAGGCCGGCCAGGGCCUCGUC